UUGGUUCAUUUAUCUCGGUGCCAGCGCGUGGUGUUGAUCUGUAUCUGUGGGGAGCUGGGAGAUGUGAGGAUCGAUCGGUUGGAAAAGUUCCGGACUUUAUGUGCGUUUCGUGUCGCUUAUAGAGCGUGUUUGUCUUAAGAGAUUUCUCUAUGUGCCGUGCAGAGCAGAAAGCCCGAAGGACUCUCAACCGAACUGAAGUGAUAAAUAUUGUGUAGCACAAAAAAAGCAAAAUUUAAAUGAUUGCAUUUACUGGCACCCUUUCACAUCGGAAAGCCAUUACCAAAGUGUUGAUCCUCUCUCUCUAGUUGGUUCGUGUUGCAAAAAACACGCGGAAACAUUAACGUGCAUACAAUACAAAAAACGGGUGCUUUUGUGUUCAUUAAGCGGCGUACAUUUGUUUGUGGUGCGGUGUAAUCUUAAUUGCUAAACGGGGCUACAACACAUCCGUAAACGAACUCAUCAACUUUUUCUGCUCACGAAAAGCGGGGCUGCCAUUUGAUUCGUAGUAAGAUUGUUGCAUAAAUUGAGCUAGGAGAAAACAAAAUCUCGCCUCCCAAAACAUCAAUUGGCAACGAUCGUGUGGAGGAGUCUGAGAGAGAACCGAAAAAAAACGUAAACCUUCUACAAACCGGCAGUGGAAAAACGACAAGCAGCGAGAGAAAGAAGAACCGUGUAUUAAUCCAAACCAAACAAGAAGCGUCUAUUGUUUGGGGCCGGAACGUUUUUCGCGAUCGGAUUGGGUGGAUCACUUUGGUGGAACGCUUGGAACGUCGGAAUUAGCUUCCUGACUUUGGCAAGAGGCUGUCGAAACUGUUGUGCUCUCGACGUUUGACUGCUACGCUACGCUACGAAGCGGGAAAGAGCUGAGCGUACUCGGGUAAGCGACGAACCCCCGAAACCCGCACCGAAACAGACAGAGGAUGGCAGCUAGCAUCAUGUGGAAGUACACGGUUUUGUUGGUGGCGUUCGUGGUGUUUCUGUACAACGGCCACGAAACGUACGGUCAAAUCUUUGGAUAUGAGCCGAACGUUGACUAUCCGGCGUACGAUAAGAUCCCGUCCGGGUUAACGUUCCGGUGUGCGGACCGACAGCCCGGCUACUAUGCGGACAUUGAGACGCGGUGCCAGGUGUGGCACUGGUGCUUACCGACCGGCUACAUGUUUUCCUUCCUCUGCCCGAACGGAACCGUCUUCAACCAAGCGUACCGUGUUUGUGACUGGUGGACAAACGUCAACUGUCCGGAGUCGGAAGCAAUGUACAGCAUCAACGACGAUCUGUAUCGAGACGUGGAGGGUAAUCUGAUCGUUGGCUAGCCUUAGUAUCACCCUAGAGUAGUUCAGCUGUUCCAUCGUGCCGAUCCUAUUAGGGCGCAGUGCAGUUGAGGUAAGGUCGUCCCAAAAAUGCAUAUGUGCAUCGUCCCGAUGCAUCGUGAGAUUCCCUGUUUUAUGUUUCGUUUUAUUUUUGUAAAUAUAAUUUAUACACUGUGAACAGAAUGAAUAAAUGAU